ACUCGUUCUGCUUUCGAUCAUGCGGUGAUUGGAAACUUCUCCAACUCGCAAGAAGCGGUUGCCGAGUACACGUGGGUGCCGGAGUUGGGUUCUUCGGUCUUCCGAUUGCAAUAUUCCGAUCGCCAUCUACCCCGUUCCCAUCUCUGAUCAUCUUGAUUCGCUGGAAAAUUUUCUCCAAUCCAAGGUCAAUCCUGCCUUCUUCCUCGAUUUUGGCCGACCUCGGUGUACCUUGGUUUCAGCAGACCUCGUCGUACCUCGGUUUCAGCUGACCUCGUCGUACCUCGGUUUCAGUUGACCUCGUCGUACCUCCGGCAAAGACCGACCUAAAUCCAGAUUCUAGCAGCAACAAUGGGGAAGGCUGCCCUCACAAAUAUGGAAUCACCAAAUUCUCGGUUAUCUCAGAUCAUUGAUAUAAGAAGUGCAGAUGUGCCUGGGGGAGUUUCAGGAUUGGAUGGUAACAAGAUAUGUGGCAGCACAACUUGUGGUUUGUCUAAUUCUGGAACAAGCUCCAAAGAUGCCAAAGAGAGAUCUGCUUCAAUGCGGAAGCUACUAAUAGCUGUUUUUCUUUGUGUCAUAUUCAUGAGUGUCGAAGUGGUUGGUGGCAUUAAAGCAAACAGUCUUGCAAUCUUAACUGAUGCAGCCCAUCUCCUCUCAGAUGUUGCAGCAUUCGCCAUCUCCUUAUUCUCCCUUUGGGCUUCAGGAUGGGAGGCCACCCCGCGCCAGUCGUAUGGUUUUUUCCGAAUAGAGAUACUUGGAGCACUGGUUUCCAUCCAGCUUAUAUGGCUCUUAGCUGGGAUAUUAGUUUAUGAAGCCAUUGCAAGACUCAUCCAUAACACUGGUGAUGUGCAAGGUGUCCUGAUGUUUGCUGUCGCGGCAUUUGGUUUGGUGGUUAACAUUAUCAUGGCUGUCUUGCUGGGUCACGAUCAUGGUCAUGGUGGACAUGGCGACGGUCACCAUGGUCCUUCAAGCCAUGGUGAUCACCAUGACGACCACAGUCAUGACCAUGAACAUGAUGUGGACCAUGGUCAGAGCUAUGGCAUCAGGGUUACAACCCAUCACCAUCAUUCAGGGAAUUCCAAGCAUAAGGAAGAAUGUGAACCUCUGCUAAAGCAUGCUGAAGGUGCCCCGAGCCAAAGUUCCUGCUUGGAAGAAACAAAAAAGAGGCAAAGGAACAUCAACGUGCAUAGUGCCUAUCUGCAUGUGCUUGGAGACUCCAUUCAGAGCGGAGGGGUGAUGAUUGGAGGGGCCAUUAUAUGGUACAAGCCUGAAUGGAAGAUUAUUGAUCUGGUCUGCACACUUGUUUUCUCUGUCAUUGUGUUGAUAACCACAGUCAAGAUGCUAAGGAACAUACUUGAGGUCCUCAUGGAGAGUACCCCGAGGGAGAUUGAUGCGACCAGGCUCGAAAAGGGCUUGUGUGAGUUGGAUGGUGUUGUGGCCAUCCAUGAGCUGCAUAUAUGGGCCAUCACAGUAGGGAGGGUUCUCCUGGCAUGCCAUGUGACAAUCACUCGAGAGGCAGAUGCUGAUAUUGUGCUUGAUAAGGUGGUAGGAUAUAUCAAAAGGGAGUUCAAUAUUAGCCAUGUGACUAUUCAGAUAGAACGACAGUAAGUUUGUUUUCCGGUGAUAACUAUGAACAGGUUUUUGCAGUGGUAAGGAGAGAGGUACAUGUUUCUUGUUUGUUAUUUUCAGAUGCAACUAUUUCUUCUUUGUCACAGCAGAUUGUGCUUUCCUUUUCUUUUGAUGGAUCAAAUGGUAAUUCCAAUCUGAAUGUGAUCAGACUAUUUGAUUUGGCUGGGACUGUCAUUCAUUUCAUAUUGAUCGACUUCUAGGCUGUUUGGCGUCCAGCAUCGUUAGUCAUCUUGGUGUGGUUGUUGAUGCCUAUAUUGCUUGCUGAAAUGUUAAUAGCCAGAUUUUAACUGCAGUUGCGUUAGAUCUGCUCAGUGGGGUCAGGCAUAGCAAGCAAAUUUAGAAGUUCUGUCUGGAUUGUUUAACUAGUCUUCUACGCGCAUGGACCACAGAGUCAAAUUGAUUGAGGAUUAUAACUGUUUAUGAGUUUGGUCUACAAUUUAACUUCCAACGCAUCACAGCAGUAUCUUUGACAAUUAGAAUCAGCUGAAGCAAAGAAGUUAUGGAAGACAGGCCAUUUUUUUCCUGUAGUGUACAUGAUUUCCAUUGUUUUUGCUGCUGUUAGAUACCUAAUGAAGUGAUGUGAAAAUUUCCUACCUGCUGCAACUCUUACCAGUUUUCAUAAUGCUAGUGAACUUUUGAUGGUUUA